CUGAGCAAAUCUCAAACAAUAAUAGAGAGCCAAGAGCGUAUUAUAGGAAAUGCCAAAGUAGACAGAGAAAAGACCGAAGAGGGAAUUCGUUGUAGCCUUCUAGGAAUAGCUCAUCAUAAUCGAGGACAGUUCAAAACAGCAAUCGAUUACCAUCAACGUCAUCUAGAAAUUGCUAAAGAAGUGGGAGACAAGGCCGGAGAGGGAAGAAGUUAUGCCAAUCUCGGCUGCGCUUAUGGUUGUCUAGGACAGUUCAAAACAGCAAUCGAUUACCAUCAACGUCAUCUAGAAAUUGCUAAAGAAGUGGGAGACAAGGCCGGAAAGGGAAGAAGUUAUGCCAAUCUCGGCUGCGCUUAUUUUGGUCUAAGACAGUUCAAAACAGCAAUCGAUUACCAUCAACGUGGUCUAGAAAUUGCUAAAGAAGUGGGGGACAAGGCCGGAGAGGCAUUCUCACUCUGCUCUCUUGGAAAAAAUUUUGAGUGCGAAGGAAAUCUCAAGAGGGCCUUUGACUGCUUUCACUCUUGUGUAGAGGCGUAUGAUAGUAUCAGGGCCGGUCUGAGUUUUAACGAUCAGUGGAAGAUUUGGUAUCGUAAUCAGCAUAAAAGUGCAUAUACAGGAUUGUGGCGUAUAAAACUAAUUCAAAAUGAAUUUGUCAACGCCCUUCUCGCUGAGGAAAAAGGACGUGCUCAAGCUCUGAAAGAUCUGCUGGACACAAAAUAUCAGCCCCGAGAUUCUUCAAGGAACUGCGGCCCGUUCCUUACCCUGAGUUUUGUUCCAACAGGUACAGUUUUCAUAGCUAUCAGUGGACCGUGCGUUUACUACUGGGUUUUCUUUGGCGACGAUAAUGUCCAGUUGAGAAAGGUACGUGUCAACAAUUAUAAAUAUGAAGAGGAACUGGAAUUUUUCAUCGAGCAAUUGAAUAAAACUGCCUUGAAGGAGAUCGAUGCAAGAGAUGCUGUUAAAUGCGAAAAUCUUUCCCAUGGCUCGCCGAAAGCGGAGGAAGCGGCGAAUGAUAUGAUUCAAGUUGAUGUAAGGUACUCACAAUCAAGUGCUCUACAGAAGCUUUAUGACAUCAUCGUUACUCCUAUUGCGGAUCUGAUCGAAGGAAACGAGCUUACAGUUGUUCCUGAGGGGCCAUUUUGUCUUGUGCCUUAUGCAGCACUGGAGGACUCGAAGUCAACUUAUCUCAGUGAUUUAUUCAGAAUUCGCGUGCUUCCGUCCCUGACGACCUUACAACUAAUCAAUGAUUGCCCAGCUGAAUUUCACCUGAAGAGCGGUGCAUUGCUUGUUGGCGACCCAUGUUUCGAAGAGAUCAUCUAUCAAGGAAGACGGUUGCUGCAACUUCCGGGAGCAAGGAAAGAGGCGGAGAUGAUUGGACGAAUCCUCAGUAUUUCCCCCCUCAUUGGAGAAAUGGCAACAAAAGAUGAAGUGUUAAAACGACUCUCAUCAGUGGCUUUAGUACACAUAGCAGCACAUGGUAAAAUGGAAACUGGUGAAGUUAUCCUGGCACCAAACACCACAAGAGAAACCCCUCAGCCUCAAGAGAAGGACUAUCUACUGACGAUGAAAGAUGUUAUGGAGGCUGGACUGCGGGCGCGACUGGUUGUUCUAAGCUGUUGUCACAGUGCUCGUGGGGAGGUCAUGGCCGAGGGUGUGGUUGGCAUCGCCCGAGCAUUCUUGGGUGCUGGCGCCAGAUCUGUUGUGGUAACCUUGUGGGCGAUUGCAGACGAGGGAACCCAAGAGUUCAUGAGUUUCUUCUACGAUGCACUUGCUAAAGGCAAGAAGGCAAGUGAAGCUCUCAAUCAGGCCAUGAAGUGUUUGAGAGAAUCCGAAACCCUCAAGGAGGUGAAGUACUGGGCACCAUUUGUACUCAUUGGUGAUGACGUCACACUUGAUUUCAACGACAUUUAG